UGUCCCUGAGCACAGGGAGGGGCUGUGGGGGUGAGGGGGGCCCUGGGGUGUGGGUGAGAUGAGGAUGGAAACGAGACGAGAAGUGAAGGCAUGAGGAGGGGAGAGGAAGAGGAGGAUGAGGAGGUUGAGGAUAAGCGGGACGAAGAGGAGGGUGAGGAAGAGGAGGUCCAAGAUAAGGAUAAGGAUGGGGAAGAGGAGAAAGAGAAAGAAGAAAAAGAAGAGAAAGAGAAGGAACACAAGGAUGAGAAGGAGGAUGGGGAAGAGCAGAAACAGAAGGAAAAGGAAGAGAAAGAGAAAGGACACAAGGAUGAAAAGAAGGAAGAUGGAGGACAAGGAGGAGGAGAAAGAAGGGGAAAGGAGGAGAAGGACAAAGGUGAGAUCCAAGACAAGAACAAGGAUGGGGAAGAGAAGAAAGGGAAAGAAGAAAAAGAGAAGGAACACAAGAAGGGUAAGAAGAGGGAGGAUGGGGAAGAGGACGAGGAGAAGGAGAAGGAAGGGGAAAGGAAGAGGACAAGGAGGGGGAAAGGAGGAAAAGGCUGAGGAAGAGGAGGAGGAGGAGGCCGAGGAAGAGGAGGCGGCGGCGCCGGAGCAGGGGACGACGACGAUGCGUACCUGGGUGA